AAAAUUUCUGUGUAAAAAUGGACCCAAAACUUUUUUUGAUAAUUGUAAUAAUUGUUAGUUCCCAAAUAAAACUUGGAUAUUGUUGUGAAGAAAGCGGUAAUACAACUACUUAUAUUCCUCCAGGUAAUAUGAAAUUCCCGUAUGGCGAUGAGUACCAGAUGAGCUGCGAUGUUUUAGAAAAUGACACAAAUUUAAUAAUUUGUCAAGACAAAAUCGAUAUCAUUCCCGAAUAUGGAAGAUGUCCAUUUCCACCUGCAGAUCCUGAAGACAUGAAAUUAACAAAUCCCUACGUAAAGUGCCCCGACUUUCCUCAACAACCUCCGCCUGGACUUUUGCCUCCUCCAGGGAUUUCAGUUGUGGCUUCUGAAGCAUUGUGUAAAAGUUGUGACUUGCAACUAACACCAGAUGGAGUAGCUGUUAACUUAAAAUGUAUUUGUUGUCAUGAUUUUCCAAGUUUAGAACGUUCUGUUAACUUGAUCGAAAGGGAUUUAGUUUUAACUGCGUAUUUUGUGCAAAUAGCCAAUUAUACAUCUGUAAUAGUUACAGGACAGGAAAAUGUGAACACAUGAUGUGCGACUUGCGACUUACCUGACAAAACUUUUGACUUGUAAUACUACAUAAUUUUUUUCCAUAUCUGCUACUAUGUUAGGUUCACAGACCACUAUCUAGAAACUAAAGAAGUCAGCAGUUGCUUGACAAUAAAAAGUAUUGGUUCA